UUUUUUUAUUUUAAAUACAUUUUGAUGUAUUUGUGCCCAUCUCUGACCAUAGCGUAUCAUAUGCACAAAGUCAGUUUUUGCAUAUAAAUAGCACACCAAAUAGAAACAGAAAAUCGUGCCAUUGAAACACUUUCAUGAGAUCGGAUUACAAAUUGAGUUCACUUUCGGAUCUUGACGAGUAUCCAAGUAAACACAGUCGGUUACGUCUUAAAUAAACAUAAAUAGCCUAGUUACGAAAAUAUUGGCUGUGUGUCAGUAUAAGGGAUCCAUGCAUUUCUUAUAUUAGGCUAAUAAUGUUAAUCAGACAACAAAAGAAAAACAGAAAAUCAUUCACUGCUCUUAAGUAUUUAACUCCUGUAACUUUACAUAACUUUCUAAUCAGUAAUUGUGUAUGUUUACUUCAUACAGUAAUACAGUUUUCAUAAGCACAGUAAAAUUUAGGUAAUUUGUAUCGUUGUAUCUAAUGGUCUCUCUGAGGGCUCAGCCCCCCUGAAGAUGAAAUCCUAGAACCGCCCCAAGUGAAUAAUCUGAUACCUUUAGGCAGAAAGGAAGAUUCAUGUGAAAAAAGUUGAGGUGUCAGUGAACCAGACUAUGUCUGAAAAUCUAUGGAAACUUGAAUUCAUCAAAUCAAUUGCUAAUAUGGAAGUUUGUGAUGUUGUUUUCCCUCCAAAAUGAUGUUAACAAAAGGACUAAAAAGGACUGAAAGUAAAAAGUCUCAUGUUUCUAAUCUGAAAUCUCUCUGAACACCCGACUGGAACAAACUCUCUGCAAUCUCUUCCUCAGGCCAAAUUGAGAGCGUCUGCUUCGGUUAUUCUGGAAACAGACACAGUUCAUCUGAGCUGUGAGGAUACUGAAGAUCUGAAGAUGGAGAUGGAGGAUUUCUUGUUGAACAUUUAUGUCACUGCAAAUUUCACAAUGUUUUUAACAGGGUCAAAUGUAAUGUCCACUACUGAAACCACAAUAUACAGUAAAACUGCAGCAUUAACUGUAAUGUCCACUUCUGACACCACAACAUACAGUAAAACUGACAUCCAAUCCAAGACAAGCAUGACAAAGGAAACCAUGCUUUCAACAGCAGCAUCCAAUCAAAAAGCUCCACAAAUGAACACUGUUAUUUCCACUGAAAUCCCAGUGUCCUGCAGAACAGAUGCUCCUAAUGUUCCAGUGACUCAUACUGAAGGUCCACCCACUCCACAACACAAAGGCAUUAUUCUGAUGCUGGUUUUCACUGUUGUUGCUGUAAUUUUGUCUGGACUCAUGGGACUCUUUUGUCUGUGUCAGUUUGCAAGGAAAAAAAGAAGAAAACGAAAUACAAGAAGAUCAAUAAAACCUGAUGUGACAAGUCAAGGAAUUGGUAUGAGUUGUUCUGGAUCUGCAGAGACAUAUUCUCUGAUCACUUCUGUACCAGCCACAUCUCAGCCCAUAUCUGGAGGCCUCGAACACCCAGAGUCGCAUCAGGACAGCACAGCAGAUCCCACAGACACUCACUCUAUGAUUACAUCUAUAAAUCCAAUUUACCAGCCCUCAGAUGUUUUGGUCAAUAAACAACAGAAAGGGGGAAAUCCAGAGGAAAAUGAGGUAUGUGUGGACGAAACCAAAUUAGACAUCCAUCAAGAACACAAUACUAACACAUUUACUAUCGUGUGUGUAUUUUCUGUCUUUCUUUCUUUUUCCGUAAGAAUGUUUAUCAUCUGUACUCCACGAUCCCUAACAAACCAGUUCACUCGAAUGCAGGAGAUCAAGUCUACAGUUUGGUCAAGAUGCACCGAUGAAUCUCAAGUCUGUUUUUAUUAUGUAGAGCCACUUUAAGUAAAUUGUCUUUACUUGCAGACAAAAACAGUAGGUGUUUAUUUUCAUUAUUCAUUGUUUGGUGUGGAAUAUACCGUGAAGCUUAUUUAUUCAGCUUUCAGAUGACGUAUAAAUCUCAAUUUCGAAAACUUGAGCCUUAUGACUGGUUUUGUGGUCCAGGGUCACAUAUGUGUACUUAAUAAAGUGACUAUAAAGUGAAUGUGUUCCACAUUUUUAAGUGUGAUGUUAUGAUCUAGUCUUUUUCAAGUGUAUACAAUUUAUAGGUACUAUAAGUGUUUAUAGCAUAGGUGUUUAUGUUACUUUUACAAAACUACCUUCCUUCCAAAUUUGCUGUCUGUUAAAGUGAAUAUAGCUGUACAUGUGGUCACACGAUCUACAUUCAUCUUCAUUGAAAUGACCACACAAUGCUUUAAAUAGUUUGUGGUCUGAAGUGCCGCUUCCUUAUUCACCCAUUGUGAGAGUCUCAUUCUGUCUCUUUUCUCUCACUCGCUGUAAUGGAGUUGUUCAUCUUCAUAGUUUUUCUGCUCCUGAUGGAGGUUCAGUCUUACAGCAAGUGAUCUCUGCUGUUUAAUGUUGUUUAAAUAAUUAAG